CAGAGCAUCCUCGCAAUCGUCACUCCCCCAAAGCAUGUCGCAAAAUGGGACGGACGUCGCGUUGGCGGGGCUGUUCAAGCGACGGGGGCGGCAAAGAAAGCCGACGCUCAAGCAAUCCGUCUCGAUGGCAUCUGCACUACGACCCGUUCCCGCGAACACAGCCACGCCGACGCUCCACCACCAUCGUUCGGAAGGAGACAUACCAACACAGUUGAUGGGUUCAGACCUACCAGGCAAUCCAGCCCCGUCCACCUCGGCCGCGGCGUCUCGUCGCCUGGUCGAUCCGCACGUCACCGACUUGGACGUGAUGCCUCACCCCGUCAAGUUCGGCGAUGUCAUUUGUCUCUGGUCGGUCAUCACAGACCCACCACCCCCUCCUCCUACCAGUAGCAGCAACACCAGUUCAAGCCAAAAUACUUGUACCCCAUCCUUCGCCCACAACGCAACGUCGCAGAACCUCGGGGUCGUGGGCUUGUUCGACGUGGACGCGGUGCGCCCGAACAACUUGACGCUCCACAAAUGCGGCGCGUUGGUGUGCGUGGCACUUCCGUCCGAGCCGCACUUCACGCCAUCCUACUUCCGCGUCCUACCCGAGUGCUACUACGCGCACCUCAAGCUCGGCAGCCCCGUGAGCUACGGCGACGUGGUCGUGCUCGUGGACGUCUGUGAUAAAGUCUGGAAUAACAAGAUCGGGUUUGAAUUCAACGGCCACUUUGCCCCAACUGAGAAACUCAACCGCCCGGGUGAGAUGACGAUCGCGUUUGUCAAGCCGACGACCGCGUCGCAGAUGGACCCCGAUGGGUCUGCCCAUUCCCCAGAGGACCUGCUCCACGAGUCCACCGCUGGCAUGUACUAUGGCGAACCGGCUAAACCACCACACCAACAACAGACGCCAGACCAGUAUCAGCCCACAGGAACAACCGCCAGCACCAGCCAAGUGCUCUGUUUCGGCGAUACCAAUGUGCUGGUGCAAGUCGUCGACUCGAACCGCCUUCGCCUCGGCUUCAAUCAAAUCCUUACCCGAUUUCGCAAGAAAAGUACCCCCAUCGUCCACGGCGCAUACCUCCGCUGCGACGGUCGCGGGACGACGUUGCGUGUGUCCAUCCAUCCGCCGCCACCUCCCGCCAUCCAAUCGAUGUGGGUCGUGUCAGACCCUACCCCUAGCAAUCCCCACGACACUCGGACGGCGGUGGACGUUCCUGAACAUACCGACAUGGCCGGCGUCGUGGUCACUGUCACAGGUUCUAUGCGAUACAGUCGCCUUCACAUGGCGUUGGGCGAGUCAUUUGGGUCGCUCGAGCUCCCACUGUCCACGUUGCAUGCCAAGGCCGGCCACGAUCCGUGGACAGUGGACGUUGUCUCUCUAUCGAACGCGACCCCUCGACCACAUCCCAGACGACGUCGUCGCCCGAUCCGACUGGAUGUGCAAACCACCGCCACCAGUGUUGUGGCUCAUAAGACGAGCUCGUUGAGUCACGCUGUCGCAGAAUCGCAGAGCCGGAUGAUGCUUCUGCAGCAGGGCGUGGUGCUCGGGCUCGUGGGGCUGUAUGUGGUGGCCGUUAUCACAGGAGAAAUCGCAGCGUCCAACAUGUACGGCAUGGUGCUGCUGUGGGUCAAACCAGUUUUACCACUGGCGUGGAUUGCAAGCUCGUGGUGGUUCCACGCCAAACAACAGCCCACCCAGAACGAGGCCGAUCAGACUGACGACGUAACUGUCCAGCUCACGAUCGUGUCAUGGUCUGUCGUUGCGUCGCCCGGCUCAGCUUGUGUGACGGACCAGACUGAGAUGGGGGACGGCGACCUGCCGCAGGACAUGACGCUACCCCCGCUUUCCCAAGUGCUGACAUUGGAUGACGACAACGGGGAGGGGGUCGUCGUUGUCCCUCGUAGCUUUGUCGUGGCUGAGAUGGGCAAUCUGGCCAAGGCAAGGACAAGAUACCAUGAAACGUUGGCGUGGCGGAAGGAGCAACGAAUGGACGACGUGCUCACAACCCCCCAAGUCCACUACCACACGAUUCGACGGUUUUACAAGCAGUGCAUCCACAAACAAGACAAGCAAGGCCACCCAGUGUACAUUGAAAAACUCGGCGGGAUCGACCUCAAGGGGUUACUGGCCCACGGUGUGACGCUGUCGGAUCUGUUUGGGCACUAUUUAUUCAACGUCGAGUACAUUUUCAACCGCGUGGCGACCACCGCGUGUCCUUGUGCAUCGUGCAAAGAUAGCCACACACAAAAACUAUGCAUUGUGUUGGACGCAAGGGGGCUUGGCAUGCGAGAUUUGGCCGGCGACGUGCUGGAGUUUGUGCGGGGAUGUACCAGUGUCAUGCAAAAGCAUUACCCGCAGCGCUCGCUCAAGAUCUUUGUCGUGAACGUUCCAUCGUGGUUUGGCAUGAUUUGGAAGCUCAUCCAGCCGCUUUUGAACGAAACGACGCGGGCCAAGACGUCCAUCCUGAGCGAGGCGGACGUGCCUGCGGCGCUACUGGCGUGCAUCGACGCAGCCGACUUGCCCAUAGAGUAUGGCGGGACAUGCCAGUGCGACGGCGGCGGGUGUUUUGCAGCGUCGGCGGUGCAACUAGCGCAGCAACGACACGUCGACUUUUACAUGCGUCCAGACACGAAUGCUGCCGCCGACAUUAGCAGCAAUAACACCAGCCAUCUUGUCGACGGCAAUGGUCGACACGACGACGAGGCUGUGGCGCCGGCCGUGUCUGGUGGUAGCACCACAAGAAUGGCAUCAAUUGCCCCCCAUCAAACGACAAUGUUUGGGUUGGUCAAGAAGAAAUCAUCGGGCGAAGUGUGUGCAUUGGACACUGGCGACAGCGACGACUCGGACGACAACGACCUCGAGCAGAUGGUGUCGGAACCACCAUCGAUAUUGGACGACGUGCAUCUCCAGCAUCAUCAUGACGACAUCCACCAUCCUCCGAUCCCUUCCCGACUCAAGGCCAGACUUUACAAAAAAGACAAGGUGGUGGCCGCCGUCCUGCACUCUGGGCACUUGCUCAUGCGGCUGAUUCGACAAAAACACUUUGUGAAUCCCAUUUGGCUGCGGCGGUUCAUUACUCUGUCUCGUACGUGCGACAUCGUUUGUAUUCAUAUAUAGCGGGAAUUUUUAAUUUUUUUUAUUAUGUCGUGUGGGGACCAUGGUCUGUUUUUUUAAUUAUAUAUAUAUUAGAGUAGUCGAAUUGUUGGGGAGUUGGGCAUUGUAUGACAAUUGUCAAGUUGGGAUUUUGAGAGUCGGUUGGAAAAGUCGAAAUCUAUUGAUAUGUUUAUUGUGGCUUGAUAGUAUCAGCCAUAUAUAUAUAUAUUUAAUUUGAAUAUUGUAUCUACUGCGUUUUUUUGGUUGGUAGAAUAUCGAAUAUCUCUAUCUAUUUUUGGGACUAGAUAGUAUCUGCAUUUUCUAUAUUGUGCCAUAUAUAUAUAUAAUUGGAGUAUUGUAUCUACUGCGUUUUUUUAGUUGGUAGAUUAUCUAUGUAUCUAUAUAUUUUGGGACGAGAUAGUAUCCGUACUCUCUAUAUUGUGUGAAUUUGAUCUUGUAUCUACUGUGUAGCGCACCAUAUUCUGGUUCAAAAAUCGCCAAAGGAUACCCCUGUCAAGUACGUGUUGACCCCGGGGUCAUUUGUGCGGGUGGUGGCGGACAAGCCAAACUCAUUUGAAGUGGUUAUGGACAGCCAUUCGCUGCUGUUUUACGCAGACACGAUGGACAUACGGACCGAGUGGCUCGAUGUGUUGGACCGUGUCGUAGCGCUUCCACGUACUCCUGCUGGCAGUAGUAGUACUAGCAGUACUAGUGCCGCCGCCGCUGCCGCCGCCAGUCCAGGAUCUGGUGGGAAAACCGUCGCGCCUAAUAGUAGUAGUACUACUAGUAGUAGUAGUAACAACGCUGUCGCAACAUUGGCAUUGGUGUCAGCGGCCUAACAAUAUACUACUGUAUCCAAGCAACGAAA